GUAGGAUAAUUCUUCUCUCCUUUGUGUAUUCAAUUUAAAGAUGAAUAAAAAACUGGAAAAUGAGAUUCGGUGCUAUGCCAACAUUUCUGCAGAAGCUUAUAAUACAGAGAAAGUAGUCACGGACACAGCCACAGAUCAGUUGGAGGUUGAAGCUAUAGUAUUAAAAAUAUUUAGACAAUUUGAAAAGGAAGCAUCCAUUGAUCCUGAUCUGCCAAUACUUAAUAAACGGGUUCACAGUAAGCAAUUAAAAACUUGGUUGAAGGCACUACCAAAAGGUUAUGAAUGCUUGGAUGCCAGCAGACCAUGGCUUGUGUACUGGAUUUUACAUGCUUUGUGGAUCUUAGAUGAUAUGCCCGACACAGAGACAUUGUCUAGUGCUGUGGACUUUCUCGCUCAUUGUCAACAUGAGGAAGGGGGCUAUGGAGGCGGCCCAGGACAAUUUCCACAUUUAGGAACUACUUAUGCUGCUGUAAACGCAUUAGCUAUAAUAGGGACAGAUGAAGCAUACGAUUCCAUAGAUCGCAGCUCUUUACAAAAGUUUUUAUGGACACUUCGAGAUGUAGAUGGCUCCUUUGCUCUUCACAAAGGAGGGGAACAAGACAUAAGGGGAGCGUAUUGUGCAGUAAGCGUUGCUAAAGUGACAAAUACUUACACAGAUCUCUUAUUUGACAAGACAGCAGAGUGGAUAGUUAGUUGCCAAACUUAUGAAGGAGGUUUUGGCGGAUGUCCAGGCAUGGAGGCACAUGGCGGAUAUGCGUUCUGUGGGAUCGCAUCUCUGGCGUUACUAAACCGGCCAAAGCUGUGUGACGUAGAUGCACUCUUGAGGUGGUGUGUGAACCGUCAAAUGCGGCUAGAGGGCGGCUUUCAGGGGCGGACUAACAAACUUGUUGAUGGCUGUUACUCAUUUUGGCAAGGUGCAGCUUUUCCCAUAAUCAGUGCUAUCUUAGCGCAAGAAGACAAAGAACUGAUAGAAACGUGUUUAUUCAAUCAAGCUGCCUUGCAAGAAUACAUCAUUGUUUGCUGUCAAGCCAACGAUGGAGGCCUAAUUGACAAGCCUGGCAAAGCGCGCGACAUCUACCACACGUGCUACACGCUGUCAGGGCUGUCGAUCGCGCAGCACGGCACGGGCGCCGGCGACCCGUUCGUGGUGGGCUCCCCGCGCAACGAGCUCAACCGCGUGCACCCCCUGCACAACGUGGCGCCGCACCUCGUCUACAACGCCGUGCACUACUUCAUCAGGCAUCCGCCACCGGUCAAGGAUUUCAGGAAAAACUAGCUUGUUUUAGAUCUUCAACUAUUUAGCACUGAUGACGCACUGCUCUGCACGAUCACGUGUGAUGCGUGCUUA